AUGGCUACAACAGCCAUGCCUACCCUCCCCGGCCACGACGGGCUCGGUGUCGGCGCUCUCGACAAAGACGACAUUGUCCCCGACACCCUCCCUCCCCAAGUUCACACUCCUCCUAUCACCGAUGAAGCGAGCCAUAAAGACGAUGACGCAGCCUCGAGUUCCUCCCUCUCCGAUCUCGGCGACGACCUGGAUGAAGAAGAGAAUAGGAUGAGGUUUGAAGAAGCAGCACGCGCUGGCGCGGAAGCCGAACAAUACUCUGAAGUCAAGCCUGAUCGCUACGAAAAUGGCGUCCCAAUCUUCACUCCGACAAUGGAGCAAUUUAAAGACUUCCAACGAUAUGUAAAGGGUGUAGACCCUUUCGGCAUGCAGUCCGGCAUCGUGCUGAUAGAUCCCCCCGAAGAGUGGUACGUUGCUUCUCUACAGAAGCGUGCUCGAAAGCCUUUGGAUGAAUUGGUCAAGACGAUCAAGAUCAAAAAUCCGCUGACCCAAGAAUUCCAUGGUGCGCAAGGCAUCUACACACAGCGGAACAUGGAGAAGAUGCGGUCUUACAACCUCCCCCAGUGGAAAGCGCUCUGCGAGCAGACAGAGAAUCAGCCACCCGCGCGACGGGGCGAGAAGCGUCUGAACGCCGACAAACUUCUGGGCAGAGGAAGCACAAGAGCCCGGAAAUCUGAAGUAUCGGCCACCCCAGAACCCUGCAAGGGAAGAGCAAAGUCCAGACCGAUCAAACAAGAGCCAAUUGAGCAUGGUUCGACGUUACUUGCACCUCCUACUCCUACGAGUCCCGAGGUCAAGCCCUCCGCCCUAGAAAACGAGGAGACAGAGGACGCACCUACUCAACCGGCCGAUCCAACUCCGACGAAGGGUAAGGGGGCUCGGAAACCCGGCAGACCACGAGGCCGCCCGGCCAAGUCUACCACCAAGAAAGAAGCCGGCAAUAAGGGGGCGGAGACGACUGUUGCCGCUCGACGAUUGAGGAAUGCUCGUGAAGCGAACGAUGAAGUGGAUGAGGAGCUUUUCCGGGAUUUUGACUAUCGAGUCUACGAUCAUGACCAAUGGACCGCGGAACGCUGCGAUGAGCUGGAAGACAAGUACUGGAAGAGUCUCAACUUCAGCAACCCGAUGUACGGUGCAGACAUGCCUGGAUCUCUAUUUGACGAUGAUACGAAGGAAUGGAAUGUCGCCAAGUUACCGAACCUGUUGGAUCUCCUAGGUGCGCCCAUUCCAGGCGUCAACACGGCAUACCUGUACCUUGGGAUGUGGCGUGCUACGUUUGCCUGGCAUCUGGAAGAUGUGGACCUCUACAGCAUUAACUACAUUCACUUUGGUGCCCCAAAGCAGUGGUACAGUAUUUCGCAAAAGGAUGCGCCGAAAUUUGAAGCUGCUAUGAGGUCUUUGUGGCCAACGGAUGCGAAGAAUUGUGAUCAGUUUCUGCGCCACAAAACAUACCUCGUCUCCCCAUCGAUCUUGAAGUCCAAAUUCGGGGUCCAGGUCAACAAGGUCGUCCACCGCGAAGGCCAAUUCGUCAUCACGUUUCCAAUCGGCUACCAUUCGGGCUACAACUUGGGGUACAACUGCGCCGAAUCUGUCAAUUUCGCCAUUGACAACUGGUUGCAAUAUGGCAAGACAGCUCGCAAGUGCCGAUGCGAGUCUGACAGUGUCUUCAUUGAUGUGGACUGGUUCAUGCGAAAAAUGAACGGUGAGCCGAGUCCUGAGUAUGAAGAGGUCGAAGUUACCGACGACGAAGACGAAAUCGACGAACCCACGGAUCUGCCAACGCCGCCGAGUAGUGAUCGUGGCAAGAGCAAGAUGCCGCAGAAGAGAAAGCGUGCAGCGAAGGAACUGGGACCGAACAAAAAGGCAAAGAAACUCGUCAAGAUCCGCAAAGUCAGCAAGAACCAACCCUGCUGUUUGUGUCCCAACGAUUUCCCCUGGGAGGAACUGCUACCCACAACGCAUGGUCAACGAGCACAUCGUACUUGUGCCUUGUACACGCCUGAGACGUAUAUUGCCAAUAAAGAUGGCAAGGAAAUGGUGUACAAUGUGGAGAACAUCAGCAAAGCACGCCUGGAACUCAAAUGCUAUGAAUGUCGCCAGAAGAAAGGAUCAUGCUUCCAGUGCUCUUCAGCCAAGUGCACCAAAUCAUACCAUGCUACCUGUGCUAUGCAGGCUGGCGUCCAGGUUGACAGAGGAGAAAUCGCUGUCUGGCAUGAUGGGGUGGAAUAUCGAGAUAUUGGCUUUGACUGGAGAUGUCGUCUGCAUCGUUCCAUCAAGCGGACGAGGAUCACCAGUGAAUUGUCGGCUUGCAACCACGCAAAUAGCUGCUGGCAGAAUGCAGACUUCCGUCAGUAUCUGUACAAUAUCAACGGAGGGGAUUUGAUCCAGUUUCAAGCAACUAACAGCGAUGACAUUGAGGCCGGACUCGUCAUUGCACCAUACGACGAAGGUCAAUACUCGGUCUUGGUCAAGAUUAUCCCAGACCUGAAAGUUGUUAAAGAAGUCGAACCUACAUCAAUCCUCUUUGUCGACAGUGCAACUUCAUGUCUGCAAAAGCCUUCAGCGAACGCCCUCGAUCUACCUGAAGAUCUGCAAGGCAUGACUGCUUCGUUGCCCGAGUCCACUGAGAAAAAGCCAAGUGCUGGAGAUCCCUUCACUGAGGAGCCAAGGACAGAAUGGGCCGAAUUUGCUUCUGCCGAGCCUCCUUUCAAUAAAGACCAGAAAGCUGUUGAUCUUUCCAAAGACAAACAGGUGUGGCUUUAUCUCGGUGAAUCAUCAACUGAGGCAAAAGCUCAAUAUAUGGCGGACCCAGCGAAACGGACGCAUGAUCCAGCUUCCAACUUUUUGGAUGUGGUGGCUCCCGCGAAAGCCAUUAUGGCACCACCUCCACAGCCGAAGCGACUGUCUCUUACUACUUCACAACCGGUGACUGAUGUGGCUGCUAAAAAGGCCAGUCUAGGAAAUAACAGACAGAAUCUUCCCGCCCCUCGGAAUGCUACUCCCAAGACGCCGGGAACAUUUAGUGGGACCACGCACGACCUUACAAUGAACAGCAAUCCGAGCAAGAUGCUUGAUGUGAAGCCUGCUCAGAUCAAGCCUUCACAAUAUCGAGAUCUUGUCGCGGGUCAGGAAGCACGUCUCAAUGAGCAAGCCAGGAUUCUACAGCGACAACAGGCCAAAUCUCAACAGCUUGACGCUGCGGACCGAUCAAACACCGGGCCUCAGAAAGCGAUUGGCAUUGGCCAAGACGCAGCCCAACAACAGAGACAGUUCCAACGAGGCACGCAACAUGCUAAACAUAUGAAGGAAUGGUCUACCGAUCCCUCGCUCCCGUCGCUGGGGAAAGCUUAUCCUGACUAUCAGUUCACUGAGUUCCACCCUAACCUGCCAGCUGGCCAUUACGAUGCUCCUUCGAUGAUGAACACGAAUACACCCCAACAGCAGUAUGAAUAUGGCAAUGAAUGGAUGAAUUCGGGUGAUGUCAAUCGGAGACUGAGUGGUGGGCCACGACAGAAUCUGGAAUAUCAUUCAGGGAUGUCGUCCCAGUAUGGCCGCUCUGCAUCACCAGCUACCACACCAUUUCCGGCCUUUGUUCAGCAACCGCAACUUCAGUACUUAUUCCAAGGGCAUCAACCCCAGAACAAUGGAGCCAACAAUGCCUACCUUCAAGCUUCGCCCAUGGAAAGUAUCCGGGCUGCCGCAAGUCACCCACCGCCGCCUCCGCCAUCGGCUGAGGUUGAGCGUCAACGACGUAUUUCCAAUCCCGCUUAUCCCUUCAAGAGUCCUGAUCAGAUCAAGGCUCAGAAAGAGGCGGAGAAAAAGUCUCCACCUGGGAGUCGACCCGGCAGCUCAUACAUGCUACCCAGUCCAAGAAUGCAACACGAGUCCUAUCUGCAGUCGAACCCCGCAGCAAGUUCUGUGCAGGCUCUUGAUCCUCAGAAUCCGCCCCAGUUCAUCAAUCCCAAUGCCACACAGAUUAGUCCUCCUGGUACGAGCGCCGGUCGCAGAUCCGAUCCCACCGGUGGCGGUUUCUCUGGGCUAGGUGUACAAUCCACAAUUGAUAUGAAGAACAGUCCCACCGUUGCCAUGGACGUGGAUUUGGCUCCAUUUCCGGCUAACUAUGUUCUCUCGGGAAACGACAUGCGGAACCGCUCGACAUACGACCCGUUGAGCAACGUCAAAGCUUUUCCACAGCACAAGACCCGGGCGCCCGAGCCGCCAAUGGCUCCAGCUUCCCGUCAAUUACUUGAGAGCUUGGAGAAACGACCGUUGGGUCCAAACGGGCUCUUGAUCAACGAUCGGCCUAUCCCACACCAGUUGACCGAGUGGCAGGAAAGGGGAGGGUUCUGGGGUCGUGUUGCAGGUUAUUACAUUCAGAAACACCAGAGUUCUGCCACCGUGUACAAGUCGCCAUUUGCCGUGAUGGCGGCACGAGGCAACGAAGGCACCCUGGCCCAGAGAUACUACAACAGUCUGGAACCGGAGCAACAAGCCAAGAUUGAUGAAUCGCGACGAGCCAAAUCAUGCUGA